AUGUCCGUCCUGACGCGUAUGCGGAGGGGUCGCCUGGAAGUCGUGGAUACGGAUGGAAAGGAGACCAUUUGUGGAAGCACCGAGAACCGGGCCGGUCUACCUCAGACCGUCCUGCGCGUACACAAUGACGCUUUUUGGGUGCGAAUGAUGCUUUUUGCGGAUAUGGGUUUCGCAGAGAGCUACAUGCUAGGCGAGGUUUCAUGUCCAAAUCUGACCGCAUUCUUCGAGUUGUUCAUUUUGAAUCGCGAGGACCUGUCCGAUGGCUCAACCAUCACGUCUACACUCAGCACGAACAUUGCAGGUCUAGCACGAGCGACGAACACCCUUUCCAACGCACGCCUGAACAUUGCCGCACAUUACGAUAUCAGCAACGACAUGUUCGCCGCCUUCUUGUCCCCGGAUAUGACAUAUUCGUGCCCGAUUUGGCUUCCCAAAUCAUCACCGCUCUCCGCAGACGAGACCCUGGAAGAAGCACAGAUGCGCAAAUUGGACCGCUUUAUCAACAAUGCUCAUUUGAAGGCAGGAGAUCACGUGCUUGAGAUUGGCACCGGCUGGGGAAGUCUCGCCAUCCGCGCAGUACAAACCACCGGCUGCCGGGUUACUAGUCUGACCCUUAGCACCGAGCAAAAAGAACUCGCGGAGGAGCGCAUCAGGGAGGCAGGUCUUGAAGACCGGAUUGAGGUGCUAUUGUGCGAUUACCGUGCCCUCCCUCCUCCGCAAAACGAGAGACGUGCCUACGAUAAGAUAAUAAGCAUUGAGAUGCUAGAGGCUGUGGGAAAGGAGUUCCUUGUCACCUAUUUUGAAUGCGUCAACAGGCUGCUGAAGAAGGACGGCGGUAUCGCGGUCUUCCAAUGCAUCACAAUGCCAGAAACACGCUAUGAUGCCUACGCCGCCUCUGAUGAUUUCAUCCGCCGCUACAUCUUCCCCGGCGGCCAUCUCCCCACCGUUUCCCAACUCGUUGCCUCCAUCAACGCCGGGAGCCACAAAACGCUGAUCGUCGACAACAUCGAGAACAUCGGCCCGCAUUACGCAAAAACGCUGCGGCUCUGGCGCGAAGAUUUCAUGAAGAAUUUCGACGAACACAUCCGGCCCGCGUUGCUCCGCGACAGCGAAAAGCGGGGACAGAUCAUGGGCAAGAAAGAUGUUGAGACGUUCAGGCGGAAAUGGGAGUAUUACUUCACCUACUGCGAGGCAGGGUUCCGUGCGAAGACGUUGGGAGAUGUAAUCAUUACGGUUGGAAGAGAGGGCGCAGUCGAGAUGAUGGAGGAGGUGCCUCUCUAA